AUGAGUCUGCAAAAGCCUAACAUUACGGGCAUCGGCCGAUCAAGCUAUGGGUCAGAUCGGCAAUGGUACCGACUGAGAGGCUGGUUUAUUGCUGUGAACGCCUUCAGCAUCGCCUGUCGAUGCGGCAAAUCGUCCCGAGGCGCGGCUCCACACGCCCAUCUCAGCGACGGCUGCAUCGACCUGGUUCUGGUGCACGCCUGUUCUCGCUUCGACUUUCUUCAUUUCCUUCUCAUGAUGAGUAGAAGCGCUGGUCCUACUACUCUGAUUGCUGGUACUGAGACAGACGUUGAAGACGAGUCGGUUGAGACCAGUCGGUAG